AUGGCAGCAAAGGAGCUUCCCCGGCAUAUCCUCGACGAUUUCGGGGACCCGGUGCCGGGUGACUCGAAGAAGUGGCGGGAUUAUCCGUAUGCGAAUUUGCAAUUGCGCGAAGCAACACAAGGCGUCUACAACGAGCAAAGCGAUGACAUCUUCGCCAACAAUGGCAACGAAGACGCCGCCGUCAUCAAUGUCAUGUUUGACGCAUACAGGACCGUUUUUGACCCAGAUCUCGACGAAAUUCCGGCAGCAAACAGAGACCUCUACCAUGAUGUGGACGAACUGUUCACCGCCGAUAUUCUAAAAAAGUGCCACGACGGUCUUGUUCUGGGACGAAGGGGAGAAUAUCUGCAUGGCGAACACUUGUAUGCAUUGACAGUCAGGCUGUUGCACUUGGCGCAGAGGGAUAGAAACGCCCGCCUAGGUCCAGGAACGGGGAAGCCGACAAGCCGCAAACCCGCAGCAUGGUAUAUUUGCCCCAAUGAGGCGAGUGUGAUGGUUCCGAGCCCAGUGGAUCAUUCAGAGGCUCAGGCUCAACAGGCUAUAGACGAGGCGCAGCCCUACUUGAACAGGCUGAUAGACGCAGAUUUGCGCUUCCAAUAUGAGGAUGUGGUGGAGAGGUUCAAACAGGCCAAAUUUACAGCCCACUUCGCCAACCGAAACAAGGCUCAUUGGAUGGCCUUCAUCCUCCACAAGCCAAUAGAUGCGACGAAGAACUGGACCGCAUUUUUCUUCGAUUCGUCACCACUACCUUUGAAUUUACAGGAGCCAGGACAAAAAUAUGCCAAAAAAGCGUUUGUGAAGUGGCUCGAGAUCAACUGCCCACAAGACACACAGCGGGUUAAAAACGUGUCAUAUGACGGAGAGAAGCCCAAAUCUCCUGGCCCUGCCCUGAUAUUCCUCGACAGGGACAUUUCGACACAAAGCGAUAACUGGAGCUGUUCCCUCCAGUGUAUCUUGAAUAUCUUGGCUUUUAUCCGAUAUGGGUGUUGGGGUUGGGACAUGAUACCGCAUCUGAGAGGUAAAUCGAACAGCGAGAUGGUACAAACUAUGAUGAAAAUUCUCCACAACAUUAUGGCACUCAAAGUCCACAAGAACAACUUAGCGGAUUACAACACCGAGAACACUAAAGGCAAAACUUAUCGUCAGACACCGGUCCUGUUGAACCGAGUAGACCCUGAAGAUGAAGAGUGUAAGCAAAGGGCAGAGAAGGAAAAAAGGAAGAAGGAAGAUGAGCGGAAGAGGGGGGAGCAAGCGGAGAGAGACAAAGAGGAGCAGAAGAAGAAGGAGUGGGAUGACAUGACGCGUAUAUACGAUGAGGCGCAGAGUACUUUACGGACGGAAACCGACGAGAGGAAAAGAGCGCCGGCUAACCAGGUCGUAGCCGAGUGGCCGAACAAGUUAAAAGCGUGGGGAGCAAAGUGGAACGAGACGACGGUAACAAGUAAUAGCAAUGAAACUGAGGAAGUUAAGAGGAAGGAUGCCAAAAGGAAGGAAGCCGCAAGGAAAGAGGCCGAGAAGCAGGCAACUGAGAAGCAGGCAACUGAGAAGCAGGCAGCCGAGAGGCAGGUGGCCGAGAAGCAGAAGGCCGAGAAUGCAAACAGAGAGAGCUGGACUUCGGACAAUCCAGACAGUUCAGACGACAACUCGGACAGUCCAGGCGGUGGAGGCGGUGGACGAAGUGGUGGAAGUGGCCGGAGAGAUGCGCCUAAACGGAAGCGCAGGGAACACAAGUACCAGGGACCCAACAAUACUGACUAUCUGAAUCUGGGAGGGGACAGAAUCAUCAAGCAACUGAGAGACGCCCGUCAGCCUGUAUUGGUCGUGGACAAGGAUGUGCCUGCAACGGCGCCGGGCUCAGAUGGCAUAUACAGACUCUUCGAUCGGCUUCUCGACCUGCCUGAGGUUGCAAUGUUUCCCACCGAAAUCCAUAGCAAGUUCCCCCCCCAUACCUAUCCGGGGAACGAACGGAUGACAAAAGACACAUUCAAUGCCUUUCGACAUUACGAGCAGGCGCUGAGAGAUAUAAGGAAUGGUCAGGCCGUCCAAAAAGAAGGGAUUGUGCCGUUGGCUCUGAGGCAGCUGGCUUCUCUGCAGGCCCAUGUGCGAACCGGACUCCAAAGUUACUCUCGAGGGCUUUGGUUCGUGCUUCCCACCCCGUAUGUGCUGGUCGUCCCCGAGCCUGGGAAGGUCGCCCCCCCUUUGGUACGGUUGGGAGAGUCCAGAGAUCGAAAUGACGGAUUCUAUUAUUCCCGUGCUGAACACGAGGCGAGAUUCAAAAAGGCGGAAUCAACAAUCCAUUUUGUUUACUGGGAAAAGACCAAGCACUGGGCCGUCAUGUUUCGACAUCCUGUACAUGGACAUGCCCUCUACGACUCUGAUGUUACAUUUCAAGGCGACCGGCUCUCGACGCGGCUGGAGGAAGCCGAUGAGGCCAUGAAAGCGUGGCUCAGUCAUAACGGGAUUGCGUUCGGCAAGAGCCUCCGGCCUAACCUUGUCAAAACUCGACCUUCUGCUUCCGAGAGCCACUGGGACAGCGGCCUCUUCGCGCUCCUCAACGUGGUCAGUCGGGUACACUACCGCUGUUAUGGCUGGCAGGGGCUGCCCUUACAAGUCUACCCGGAGCAUACCAGUAUCGCCCUCCGCCGCCGUCAAAUCAGGGCCCUCCACAACCUUGUCGGUCUCCAAAUGAGCGAAGGCAUUGAUACCACCAGAAACUACAAGUCGCCAACUCAACCGAGAUUUGAUUUUGUUGCCCACCCCUACUAUCCGACCCAGCGCUGGGACGGCAGAAACGAGAGAGACAAUGCCAUUGCCCUUCUACGGCCGCCCACUGCUUCAACCAAAAAGCCAGACCGACCGCAGUAUAAAGACCGUGGUCAGAAUCCCAGACACCUGAAGCGCAAAAAGACCACAGACACAGCGGCCACGCUUGUUCGGGAGAUUGGGGAAGGAGAGGGCCAUGGUCCGGAUGGGAAUCAGCCGAGAUCGGGGGCGGAAGAGGUGGAUGCCGUGGCGAUGAGCCAGUUUGAUGGCUCAAAGGAUAAUAUGACGACACUACCCGAGUCUGAACUGGAAAACGCAAAGCUCCGGGCCGAAAAUGUCAGGCUUCUGCAAAUGAUCGCAGCUGACGAGGAGGAGAUCGCUCGAUUGGACGUGAUCAACGACGCGUUGAAGAAAGAGGUCGUUGUCCUGCAAGUAGCGCUUGAGACUGAGAAUAUAAACGUCCUGGAUGCAGGCUGGGCGACCGAUUGGGAAAAGGAGAUAUUGAAGAAGACGAGGAAAAAGGCGGUAGAGGAGUUUGGCCGUCCCGAUAACCGAAAAGCCAAGAAAAAUGGCGAAGAGUACAUCCUGUUGUUCGAGCAAGGCUUUGGUGAUGUGCUGGACAAGCUAUUGGCCUUGGACGAUGAUAAAUUGAAGGCGUCCCUGCGCAGGUUCCGGGCCGAGGUCACCAAGGCAGAACAACCGAAUGCUGCUGAUGAGGAUGUAUUCGGAGCCCAGCCAACGGCCAAACCGGAAAGCAAACCCCAAAAGCCACCACCUGGCUCAUAUUAUGCCACUGAUAGAGCGACGGCAGCGACUAGCACAGCGAGUCGUCCAACAACAGCAAUAACCUCCCGCACCAUUCCCGGGUCCAACAUGAGGCCAGGUCUACCGACAAUUGAGGAGAGUUCUUCCGGCCCUGCCGAUGAAAGCCCAACGACAGCAGCUCAGCUGAGAAUGCAAGGUCGACGAUCGUCAACGGCUGGGGGUGGCGCAAAGCGUGCCGAAAUCUUAGACUUUGAAGAGUGGCUGCUAAGGGGAGGUGCCGUUCUGAGGGGAGGUGCUCGGCUGAGGGGCGGUCGUCCGCUAGGGCAAGUUAUGGAUGCCGACUACGAACUCAACUGGCGAGCCCGCCGAUUAAAGUCGCUUCGGACGUUUUAUGGCGAAAUGGAGGCGAAAGACACGGAAAAGGGCGAUGACAAAGGCGCUGCGUGGGCGAGAGAUAGAAAGGAAGAUUGCGCAGAUAUGGAGAUGUGCUGGAUCGGUUGGAAGCACAAAUCCGAUGCCUUGCUCGAAGGAGAAAGACAAGCUAGUCUCUUUAGGAGUACGCCCAUCGGCGUGGGCGAAAGACCGGACUGGUUCCCGGAUGAGGUUGAUGAGGAUCUUUACCUUGAUCUCUUGGACAUGGAGACCAAAGGUAACUUGAAGGCCUACGUCUCGGAGUACCAUGAGAGGUUCAAGGGUUUGUUCCGGGUCUCGGGCGAUAAGGCACGGCGCGGGUCAGUCAAUAACACCGAUUCACUGCUAGGCAAGACUGCGGCGGGUCGUCGACUGGGCAGUAGGACCCCUCCUCAUGGGGGAGGACCACAUGCCACAGCGACUACUUCACUGGGAGGAGGACGACGGACCAUAGUUACUCCUUCUCAGGGAGGGAGACAACAGGCUACAGUGACUCCUCAAGGGCCACAAGUCGGUGGACGUGUAACGGGAGGGCGACAGCCUACAGUAACUCCUCCAGGGCCCUCUGUCGGCGGGCGUAUAACGGCAGGAAGACGACCUACAGUCACUCCUCAAGGGCGGUCCGUGGGCGGGCGCAUAGCGGUACGCCAGCCUACAGUAACCCCUCCGGGCCCUACUCAAAGACGACCUGUCGGCACAGCCACGACAAAAGCCCCGACGCCACCUCACCCUUUUGCGGGUUUCACCCCGACGGCACCAAGAGUAAAACCUGCCGUCCCAGGUCAGAGCUCCUCAACCGAAGUCUCGGAAGAGGAAGAGGGGAACAAGAUCGAUACGACGCAGCAGUCCGUCGGCACCACCACGCCCUCAAUGCCGCCGCAGCCGGGGUCUCUACGGCACCUCUCCUUCCAACCUCGCCCGAGGAUAGGGGGGAUGGUUCAGGAAGAGCGACGGUCGGGGCUCACACCGGAUAGGACGGUCCAUUUUGCGACUGGGGUGACGGUCAUGGAGUAUGAUGAUGACCCGAGCACGCCGGUAUACGAGAGGUUUAGUGACGAGGAGGAGAAGGAGGAGGAUGCUCCAGCGCCGCAGCAGAUUGCGGGGAGGAAGAGGUCGAUCGAUGAGACUGGGGAGGUGGUGGAUCAAGGGGGGAGGGAGAAUCCCAAGAGGACGAAGCCUACUGUGGAAGGGGGGUCUUCUGAGUCGGAGGAGCUUUAA